GCAAUGUCUGCGCCUACGACGUGAUGAUGGGCCUCGCGAGUCGCAGCCGAAAGGAGAAUACAGUAUGACGAAACGCGCUCCAUAGACCAAACAGGGUAAUCAUACAUGCAGACAAUACAAGUGUGCUGAAACAUAUUUUCCAGGCGAAACCAGAUGGAGUGGGAAUGUUGAGGGAAAUCAUACACAGGCUCAUUCACGGCCGCAAAAGCCCGAGGGUACCGCCGAGCAGACACCCUAGCUAUGUUAGUACUCACUUAAGCCCAGGCAGAGAGAUUUUAAAAAUUGCUCUCCCUUGUAGAAGGAUUGCACUGAAAGGAGAUGACCGAGACAACGAGGCCAAAACCCUUAACCGACUCCGAACGGCUUAUCUCAUUGAACUAGAAAGCCACCUAAACCCGAUCCCGAAUAGGGCACGCCCACCUACGCGGGCGCCGCCGUCGAUCCGAUAUCAGAGCGGAAGGCAAGGAGUGCGAGUUUGCCAUCGGGCUGCGAACCGGACUACACAUUAUCAUAGAAUGGCCAUUCCACAAGAAACUAGGAGGAAUCAAGCAAUUUACGUAAAACUCAUGCAAUCGGCCAAAGGAAUUUUCAUUUUUAAGGCUUUGUUCCUGAAGAAAUCUCGAGCAGCGGGCAAACACGGGGGGGAGCACUAAUCAUGGCUUUGCAACCGCACGGGAGGGACUAGACUCGAGGAUCACACAACCUGACGACACACAAAAUCUCCUACCGUGUAACUGGCGAUCCCGUGGAUGUAUGACACGGUGUAAACAGAUGGGAUAGCCACGUAGGCACGAGGCCGGGCAUCAAGGCAGACUCAUCAUCGGGGAACUACCAUGAUAUGACGUGACACAUGACAAGAAUAUCGAAUACAAUCAAAAAAAAAUUGGACUUAGUGUAAGAUUAUGUAACAUCCCCACUGUUGGGUGACAUACGGAAUUAGUAGUCACUAUAAUACGUAGAUAGGUAUAGG